GCUUGCAGACCGGCUGCAUACCUCUGGGCCUGGCCCGGAGCGGGGUAUGUCGUGUGUAGUUGUGUGCUGAUUUUAUUUAUCACCAUGUCGGUAACGAUGAAUGUAGUUUUUCAUCUCAUGAGUGUGAUCACAUCUGACCCUACUGCCUCUGACUUGCUGAUUUGAUUAUUUGAUUAUUUGAUUGAUUGAACCUCCCCUUCGCGUCGUGGUCCCCGCGCGCAAACACAAUUGGCGACAUCUCGACCAUAGCUUGCAGACUCAAAGCAGUGACAACCUUUGCAUUUUCAGACCCUCCAGAUACCCACUCAUGGCCACUCAAACGCAGGUAGAGCAGACCACGGCACCCGGGGAGGGGUCGCCCGACGAUGGUCCAGCGUCGAGCCCAGCCCCAGGCAACGCCCAGUCCACCGGCCCCGGCAGCAGCCCUCGCAUCGGCUACGUGACCGAGUACAGAUGGAGACAGACGGACCUGCUGAUAUCGUCGCACGACACCAAGAGCCCGCCCGCCAGCGCCAACCAGGACGACAGGCCCGCCUUCGAGGUCGUGCAGACCUUCAAGCGAGACCACCAGGUAGUCGCCGCGGACGGCACGGCCCACAGCGCCGUGACGCCGUCUACCAACAGCGUCCGGCUCGUCUCGGCCCAGCUCCGCAACGCGCUGCAGAACGUGGUGCGCUACUACCCGGACCAGGACCUCGGCGGCGACGUCAUCGAGAUCCAGGAGCCCUACAUGAUACUGGUGCACCACUACGACGAGCUGCGGGGGUUUGCGGAUCGGUGCGACGAGGCCGCGGCGCGAGAGGGAGGCGCUGCCGGCGGCAUCUGCGAGAGGGAGGUCGACGCGCCCGCGCACAUUCGUCUUUUGCUCGGCUUCCUCGACGACACGCUCAUGGCCGAGAUCCGCGUCGAGCAGGAGAGGAACAGCAGAGGCCUCUUCACCUGGCAGUGGGCCUGGCUGCGGCUCAAGCCCGGCGCCUUGAUGUUUCGCGCGUACAUGGGGUCGGGGGGUCGAGCGGAAUCCCCCGUCGGCACCAGCUGGAGCGCCGAGAUUGUGCAUUCCGUCCAGGGCGGGACGCUGACGAACCCGCCGAGGGACUGGUCGCACUCUUGCUGGCGGCUGGAGCUCGGCGAGGGUCCCGCCAUCCGUCGCGUCAUGGCCACUGGCUCCCUGCCCAAGUUUGACGGGGAGGCCAAGUCCAGUUUUCUCAAGUUCAUUCCCGACAUUGACAACAUCACAGAAGAGGUGAUUAUGCAGGACCCCAUCGCAGCGCGGCUGCUUGCUGCGGGAAAGGCCUACUGGUCGCUCCUCGUCAAGAGUUGCAUGCAGUACGAUGGGCCCUUGGCCACAUUCCCUUAUAACACUCUCAAAGGUUCAGUCAUGACCGACAUCGAGGCGUACAUUGAGAGCGAGUCGUUUGACCCUGCACGUGCCGUUGUGGGCGACAUCAGGGAGUGGGUUUCGGAUUGCAGCUGCUCCGUGUGCAAGACUGGCAAAUCGCGGAGACUAGCAGGGGGAUUCAGUGCAGCGAAGUACGAUCAAUUAGACCUGAGCGACAGGUUUCCCACUGGUGACCUGGAAACUAAAAAGGAUCUGGUGGCUUAUCUUCUUUUGCCCGAGGAGAUACCUGCCUAUGUGUUUAGGACCCGCACGUGGGAGAAACUAUGGACAACCAAAUUCUCCCCCGCCCAGUUCAAAGAGGACAUGAUCAACGACCUGGUCAUGGAAGACAAGCGCUUGCAGACGCUCAAGGCCUUGUCCAAGUCUUUUGUGCGGGAAAACAAGAUGGGCAGGCCGAUGAAGGUCGCCCAUCAAUGGUCCGCAGACUUUGUCGAGGGCAAAGGCAGCGGCUUGAUCUUUCUCUUGCACGGCAGCCCAGGGGUGGGGAAAACCUUUACGGCAGAGUGCAUCGCCGAGUACGUAAGACGACCCUUGAUGGCUCUGACAUCGAGCGACAUUGGAACCGAUCCGAUCCAGGUCGAGAGAAACCUCGAGAGAAACUUCAAAACCGCAACGAGCUGGGGAGCGGUGCUGCUCAUCGACGAGGCCGACGUCUUUAUGGAGCGACGUUCCACGCAGGACCUGGUCCGCAACAGCUUCCUCCGCGCCCUCGAGUUCUACCGCGGCAUUCUGUUCCUGACCACCAACCGCGUCGGAUCCUUUGACGACGCCUUCAUCUCGCGCAUCCACGUGCAGCUGCGCUACCCGCCCUUUAAAGACGAAGAACGCCAAAAGGUGUGGCGGACCUUUAUCUCCAAGCUCCAGCGCGACCGCGGCGACACCAUGCGGCUCAACCUGAAUGCACAAGAGUAUAUCGAGGGCAAAGAGAUCCGGGACUUGGAGUGGAACGGACGGGAGAUACGGAAUGCUUUCCAAACCGCCGUCGCCCUCGCCGAGUUCGAGUCGGAGCUGGACGCCGACGGCAGGAUCGUGGUCAAGCACGACCAUCUCAGGUCGGUCGUGGAGCUGUCGCGCGACUUCAAGAGCUAUCUCAAGGAUCUGCACCAGGGAGACGAGGCGAAGCGUGCGCUGAGGUAUUCAGAAAGGAUGGACAGUCACGAUGGGAGUAGGAGAUGA